AUGGCCCCUAAAAACGACCGGAAGCUCAGCGGAGUACGAGGCGCCUCCAAGCUCAAGCGGGCCGGUGAAGGCUGGGCCUACGUGGGUAUCGUGGACAACAAGCACCACCAUGGCUGGAUCCCGCAGGAGUGCAUGCAGGUGGCGGUGAGACCUCCCGAGCACCGGGAGAGGGGCCGGACCUUCCGCGUCAGGGAAAGCUGGGCUCCACAGCGCCAUGGAGAAGUCGAUGGGUACCUUCGUGUGAACGAGGGCGACAUCGUGGAAGUGCUGGAGACACUGGAAGCCGGCCAGAACUCGUGGGUGUGGGUCAGGAACACUGCAAGCGGACGCGACGGCGACGUCCCCGAGCACUGUCUGGACUGA